AUGCCCCUCCCCGCUGUUCACUGCUUUCCUGGCGGUUUCGGUGCCGUGAAAAGCGGCGAGAAGCGCGCCGGCGCGACGAAUGCGGGCACGGGGAACGACGACUGGGCGAGAAGGUUUCGCGGGGCGGACGCGUACGGCGCCGCGGGUGGCGCGUGGUGCGGCGGAAGCGGCGGGAGCGGAGGGUCGGUGAGAGCGCAUGGGCGGAGAUUGGGACGACCGAUGAGGCAGCAGCAGCAGCAGCAGCAACACAUGGACGUGAAGGUGGCGCGCUGGUUGGAGCGGUUUGCGCGGGAGGCGGAGCAGAUGGGCGUCGCAUGCGACACUGCCGUGGUCGAGGCCAUGGACCCCUGUGAGGCUGUGCUGUGCCGUGUGCAUGCAGUGCGGGCUCACCUGCUCAUUCUCUCCGGCCAUCUUGCUGACUCGGCUGGUGGCGCUGCUGCCUUUGCUUCCGACCCCCACACCUUUCCUGCUCCUCCUGUCGCUGCUGCUGCCGCCACUGUUGCUGCUGCUAGCAGUAGUGUUUCUUCUGUUGGUGUUGGGGCAGGGGCCGGGGGAGUAGGGGUAUUGAGUGGUGUGCGAACCAGGGGGGGUAUGGAGCGGAUUGGCCGGGGGGGAGAGGGAGGAUCAGGGACCAUCGCAGUAGCUUGA